UUCACAAAUUCAACAAAAACACCAGAAACUAAGCCUCGAAAUCCAAAACCAGUAGCCACCAGGCGCAACCAUGGUGUCCUAAAUAUCGUAUGCACUAAUGUCCCCGAAUCCAAAUCCAAUACAAUUAAGGGUAAGUUGACGGACGAUCGAAAUCAGUGGGUUUCCAUCUGUACGUCGAUCGGAGUCCAUGCUAAUCCCACGACAUUAAAAAGAAUCUCGCGCCAUCCAAACGCGUUGCACUACGGCGAACCCCGGUUACUUCGAGUAACACUAAACUCGGCGGACGAGACUGAGGCCGUUCUGCUGUCCGCGAAUCGUCUGCGCAACGACUCAAGUGGAGUGCGCAUACUACCCGAAAUCCCGUGGAAAGAACGUUCAGGGGAUCCCGCCAACAAAGAUAGGUACAGAAUAAGUCAAGAUAAGAAAACAGUGAUUGCUCACGGUGUUCCUGAGCUUACUGACUCCUCUUCCGACGAUGCUCAGAUGCAUGACCGCGAGCAAUGGCACUACAUCCGGGAGGUUCUUUCUCUCGAAAAUGUGGUGGUCACCUCGUUGACAAGGAUCCCCAUAUCACCAAACUAUAAAGGAUGCGGUCCCAGGCUCUUACAACUUGUGUUACAGUCGGAACAAAUGGCACAAACCCUACUAGCGAACUGGAUCAAAUUCCGUUGCAGAUUGCCAACGGAAAUUCGUCUGAAAGCAGCAAGAACACCAACACCUUUUAAUGACAAUUCAGUAGAGGCACAACUCUUAAUGAAAACGUCAGCUGCAGGACCCGACUCGGGGACGGUUUCAAGAGUAGCCAUACUAUCCGGAGGGGCAGAGCAGAGCACGAGCAAACACCAGGAUUCGGAGCAUCUGAUACCUGCUUAUAUAUCAAAUACUUCUCGAGAGUAUGCAACCCAUCCAAAAAACGAUUAGUCGCCGACCCUUUAAUGGUCGGCGUAACCUCAUUUGCUUCAUCCACCCCUCCAGUCGCCGGCCACUCACUGGUCGGCGAAACUUCACGUAUGAGUUGUACAACUUCUGAAACAUUGAUUAAAUCUGAUAAACUUUCAUGUAUGUACACCAACGCCCAAGGGCUCCUCAGUAAAAUUAACGAACUUCGACUGCGUCAGGUUGCGAAUGCUUGGGACCUAAUUUCUAUUACCGAAACUUGGUUGCAUCAAGAGGUGACUGAUGCUGAGGUUGAGAUAGCCGGAAUGUCAAUCAUCCGGAACGACCGCCCCAGCAGAGGAGGUGGGGUCCUACUCUACUACCGCAGCGAUCUACAAUGUACAAUAGUUGAGGACCUGGAAACACACGUUACCGACUCACUCUGGUGCCGUCUCCGACUGAGACACAACGAUACAUGUCUCAUAGCUAUCGUUUACCGCCCCCCAACGUCCACUCUGGAAAUGGAUUCCUGCUUGAUCCGUGGCCUAAACAGAGUAACACGCACUAGAUACAGCCACACUCUCAUCUCCGGGGACUUCAAUCUACACAAUCUGGAGGUUUCGGCAUCGCCCAGUGAGCAGUUCAAAGCAGACUUGCAGGAACUGAUCGCUAAUAUCCCUUUGUACAAUCAUGUCACCACGCCCACUAGAUUCAGGACAGCAAACAAACCGUCCAUAUUGGACCUUGUGCUCACAAAUGAAGAGCUCAUGAUUGAGAAGUUAUUGAUGGAUAGUCCAUUAGGUCUCAGCGACCACGUAGUAAUAACUUUUGACUAUGUGUGUUAUGCAGAGUAUCCAGCUGAGCAAUCGGAACUAACUCAUACAAUCACACGCUACCACGUAUUGAAAGAACUCGCCGACGAAGCUGCUUGGGAAUUCUCAAACAAAAGUCCCCUUGACAACGUUUGGGCAGAGUUCGUUAAUAAGCUCAGCGACAUCGUCAACAAAGCAUCAGAGACCAAACCCCUUCGUCCCGCGAAAAUGCAUUCAAUUAUAAGGAGUAGGACUCGCAAAUGCCUGGCGAUAAGGGAUGCAGCAUGGCGUGCCUACAAGAUUAACCCAGACUCAGAGACUUGGGGAAAUUUCCUGACCCAUCGCAACCAUUGCACCGCACUUGUCCGUGAGGACAAAAUAACGUAUCAACAGUGUCUAGCCAAAAAGUUCAUGGCAAACAACAAACUGCUGUAUAAGCAUGUCAAUAAGCUUCGUAAAGUGAAGCAUGGAAUACCCCCACUAUUCACGACAGGCGGUAGAGUACAAAGCGCCGAAGAAGCAGCUAAUGCACUGCGGCUGCAAUACGCCCCAAUUUUUGAACUCGCAACAUCUACCUGUCCCAUAAUAUCAAGCUCAUUACCGACACCUUUGUUUACAAAUGUUAUUUUCAACCCAUCAAUUGUGCUAAGGAAGUUACUCUCACUGCGCGAACAUAGUUCUCCGGGAGCAGACAACAUCCGCCCGAAGGCACUGAAGGCUGUGGCUAAUAAGCUAGCUGAACCACUGUCACAGUUCUUUCAAAGGUGCUUUGAUGAACAACGAGUCCCCACUAUGUGGAAGUGUGGCAUUAUAACCCCUAUUUUUAAAGGCGGUAGCCGUUCCGAUCCUGCAAACUAUCGUCCAGUGACUCUCCUCCCUGUGCUCGCGAAGGUGAUGGAAGCAGUCGUCGCUGAGGCUUUGAUGGACUAUCUGGAAAAAUGCAACAUCUUGGUAGUGGAACAGCAUGGCUUCCGUCAACACCGGUCAUGCACCACCAACCUACUUAUUGCUCGAGGUAGUUGGACGGAAGUGGCCGAUGAUGGGGUCGGAGUCGACGUCAUCUAUCUGGACUUUUCCAAAGCUUUCGACCGCCUCGAUCACCGCAUCCUACUUCAACGGCUUCAGAGUUACGGAAUCGGAGAUCCUGUACUUGGUUGGAUUGGCAACUUCCUUUACCAACGAAAGCUCCAAGUACGUGUUAGGGGAUCACUUUCUAACCCAAUUGAGGUGGAAUGUGGUGUCCCGCAAGGCUCAGUGCUGGGACCGCGCUUAUUCCUGGUGUUUAUCAACGACCUGGCAAGAGUCAUCUCCUCAAACUUCCUGCUUUUCGCCGAUGACGUCAAGAUAUGGCGGGCGAUUAGUAACAAGGCAGAUCAGGAUCUGCUCCAACAUGACCUAGAUUGCAUUUACGAAUGGUCAAAGAGUAACAAGCUUCAAUUGAACAUGGCUAAGUGCAAAGUGAUGCAUCUGCGUCACCAGCUGGUGAGCGCCUACAAGAUUGGAGACCACACCUUGGCAAAGGUUUCUCAUGAGCGGGACCUGGGUGUAUUGGUACAGGAAGAUCUCGGGUGUUCCAAACAAGCAGAGAAGGCGACGAGAACCGGAAAUCAACACUUCGGCCUUCUUCGCAGAGCCUUCGGUCGGUUUGAACCGUCAAUAUUUCCCCAAAUGCUUAACGCCUACGUGCGCCCGCAUGUGGAAUAUGCUAUUCAGGCGUGGCAGCCGUGGCAGAAACAGGAUCUCAUUGCUCUCGAGACUCCUCAACGACGGGCAACCAAGAACGUCAGGGGCCUCUUUCAUCUGCCCUAUCAGCUUAGACUGAAAUCUCUAAGAAUGUACAGCAGUCGAUAUCGGCUUUUGCGGGGGGAUCUCAUAAUGGUUUACCAGAUUCUGAAGAACCCAAACCACAUUUGCCGUCCGCUGCUGGAAUUGAACCCCAACAUUAAACUAAGAGGUCACCCUCUGAAACUGACAAUUCAUUACAGCCGGCUUGAAUGCCGUAGAAAUUUCUUUUCUCUCCGCGUGUGUGAGCCUUGGAAUGCCCUCCCUAAUUAUGUCGUCUCUGCUCCCAAUCUGGCGAUAUUUAAAAAACGUGUUGACGAUGCGUUGUCUCACUUACAUUUCAUUUUAUGACUUGUUAGCCAGGGGCUACAAAACGCAAUCAAACGGUUUCUUGCCAAACGCUCAACCAUUGGAUUUAUGGAUUUUUAUGUUUAAUACGCGAACAUCUCCGCUAUUUCACAUAAGUCUAUGGUGAGUCCACCACAACGCUUUUCACUUUAUUAUGCAAUUUAUUUUCGCAAUAAUUUCCAUCCCACGGGACUUGUUAAGCGAUGCUUUUUUACCCGUAAUAAACCAUUGUCCA